AUGAAGAGCAUCAUCCUUCUCGCUCUCUUCGCCACCCUUUGCGCCUACGCAGUUGCUGAUUGCAACGUGAGCAUCAAGCAAACGCUGGGCAGCUCGUGGCAGCAAGAGGGCAAGACCUACUCGCAGUGGAAUGUCCAGAUGACUGCGGGCUCGGAGACGGUCAAGUCGCUCGAGCUUGCGUUGACCGGCCGUGACUUCAGCCAGUUCUGGGAGCUUACCAAGACCGCCGACAACCGCUACGCCCUGCCCGCCUACCGCAUUCAGAACGGGGCCUGCCCGCUGGCCAGGUCCACAACCCCGUCGCCCUCCGUGGUCGCCACGCCGCAGCCCAGCCCGACCAACGGAUGCAGCGCGACCGUGACCCUCGUAGCCCGCUCGGCCGCGGCCGGUGGCGUGUGGGUCGACGCCGGCGCCACGUUCCAGAUCUUCGACCUGACGCUCACCAACAAUGGCCAGCGCGCGCUCAACGGCGGCGUGGCGACCUUCACCCUGGCUGAGGCCGGCGCCUCGAUCACCCAGUUCUGGGAGCUGAGCAGGCAGGGGUCGACCGCCAACGCCUUCAACGUGGCCUUCAACUACGGCGCUCUCCAGGCUGGAGCCACCCAGGGCGCCGGCAUCGUCGUGCGCCUGGCCAGUUCCUCGCCCGCUGCCAAACCCGCCGUCACCCUCGGCUCGCUCGGCUGCCACUAA